AUGAGAAUUAUGAAGUUCAGAUGGAACCCCGCGGCCACCCAGGGGCCCCUGAAAAGAAAAAAGCUGGAGAACAACAAGAUGGAGAUUGUUCUCCAGUCAGGCAAGACCAACGCAAAGACCUUCUCUGUGCAGAACAAUAAGAUCGAUGAGUAUUUAGCAAAGAAGAGGGAGAAGAGGAGGAAACAUCGAGAGGCAGUUAAAAAAGCUAAGUUCAUGAACUUGAUGCAAACCGAUGCACUCCGUCAAGAAGUGAACCAGCUCAAUGACAUGCUGAAAAGAGCGCAGGAGGAGUUGGUCAUAGAAAAACUAGGGGGGAUGCUGUUGAGUGGAGGUCAAACCCCUAUGCUGAAGGACUCAGACAGCAUUGUACAGGCUUCAGUUGAUUUACAACUGGAGAGGCUGAAGAACCAGAGGCUGCAGGAAGAACUGGACAAACUCAAAGCUGCUCACUGUGAUCUGAAUAGAAGGUAUCAGGCUGAUGUGGUCAGUGUCAAGCAGCAAAUGGACAGCCUUCAGCAGGAACUGCAGAAGCAAAUGAAGACUAAUGGUGACAGAGUGUCACAGGACCAGGCUGCAAAAAGAUCCUCAGCAGCUAAAAACAACAGUCUCCUCAAGAGCAUGACAGAGGAAAUGGACAAACACAAGCAAAAUUUGAUCCAUGCUGAACAGACUGUGGAGAGUCUUCAACAGAAGCUGCAGAAGCAGGAGAGGGCUCAUAG